GUCUGCGUCAUCCAUCAUCCAUCUCAAACAUUUCAAUUUAAGCCAAAUGUUUUGAUAAUUAAUCGGAGGGCGUUGAUGAAAUUACAAAGAAGAACUGCUUCAUCAUCAUUUUACGGCUAAUUUUAUAGACAGUCUUUGUUUCAUUUAACGCGGGUUUAUGUGAGUUGGUAUAACAAGUACUAGGCUCAGCAGUCAGCAGACGGGUGCGGUGCGAGUGAGCGAUGGUAGAGGCGGCAAAGCGCGAGGAAGCGGGCUGGGCGCGCGCGCUGGCCGAGGCGGCCCCUGCCGGCGCGGAGGCGACCGUGCCGGACGCGGCGCUGGGCGCGCUGCUGGACGACGCCGACGCCACCGACGGAGAUGCCGAGCUUUGGGUGCGUCGCCUCGGCGAGCGCGUGGGGCGGCUGGACGCGCUGAACGUGGGCGGCAUGCUGGCGGCCGCCACCGAGGGCGGCGGCGCGGGCGCCCGGCUCUCCGCGCGGCUCGACGCGGGCGGCGCGGCAGCCUCGGCGCUCGCCGCACGGCUGUCGCGCCUCGACGCGUUGGCCCGCGCCGCUCCCGCGGCUUUACACGCGCGCUCCGGGGCCGCGCGCGCCGACGCCGCCGCGAGGGCUCUGCUCCAGGAGCUCACUGAAAUCUACGCUUGGCUCGACGCGCCGCCGCUGAGGGAUCUCGACUCUAUUUCUGAGAUCUCCCUCUUGAGCCCGGAGGGGCGCGCGCGCGCGCUGGCGGCGGGCGCGGCGCUGCGCACGGCGCUGCGCUCGGAGCCGCAGACGGCGCCGGCGCCGGCGCGGCGGCGACUGGGCGCCGUGCGCGAGCGCCUGCGCCGCCUGCAGCGCGCCAAGGAUGCACUCGCCGCCGCGCUCGCCCGCCACCUCAACAACCUGCUCAUCCAUCUCGGUAACGAGGCGGCGUCGGCGUCGGCGCCGGCGACGGCCGCGGCGGGGACGGCGCGCGCGCACCACGCCGACCUGCUGCCGUACGCGCCCUUCAUGCGCUGGCUCAAGGACAUGGACGAGAAGGCCUACGACGCGCUCACCAAAGUGUAUGUGAGCACGUGGUCGCGCGUGUACGAGCGCGAGGCGCGCGCGGCGUGCGAGACGGCGCGCGCCGCCCCCGCGCCGGCGCACGCCGCCACCGCCGACACGCCGCUCGACACUGUGUAUGUGGGCACGUGGUCGCGCGUGUACGAGCGCGAGGCGCGCGCGGCGUGCGAGACGGCGCGCGCCGCCCCCGCGCCGGCGCACGCCGCCACCGCCGACACGCCGCUCGACACUCGCGAGGCGCGCGCGGCGUGCGAGACGGCGCGCGCCGCCCCCGCGCCGGCGCACGCCGCCACCGCCGACACGCCGCUCGACACUGUGUAUGUGGGCACGUGGUCGCGCGUGUACGAGCGCGAGGCGCGCGCGGCGUGCGAGACGGCGCGCGCCGCCCCCGCGCCGGCGCACGCCGCCACCGCCGACACGCCGCUCGACACUGUGUAUGUGGGCACGUGGUCGCGCGUGUACGAGCGCGAGGUGCGCGCGGCGUGCGAGACGGCGCGCGCCGCCCCCGCGCCGGCGCACGCCGCCACCGCCGACACGCCGCUCGACACUGUGUAUGUGGGCACGUGGUCGCGCGUGUACGAGCGCGAGGCGCGCGCGGCGUGCGAGACGGCGCGCGCCGCCCCCGCGCCGGCGCACGCCGCCACCGCCGACACGCCGCUCGACACUGUGUAUGUGGGCACGUGGUCGCGCGUGUACGAGCGCGAGGUGCGCGCGGCGUGCGAGACGGCGCGCGCCGCCCCCGCGCCGGCGCACGCCGCCACCGCCGACACGCCGCUCGACACUGUGUAUGUGGGCACGUGGUCGCGCGUGUACGAGCGCGAGGCGCGCGCGGCGUGCGAGACGGCGCGCGCCGCCCCCGCGCCGGCGCACGCCGCCACCGCCGACACGCCGCUCGACACUGUGUAUGUGGGCACGUGGUCGCGCGUGUACGAGCGCGAGGUGCGCGCGGCGUGCGAGACGGCGCGCGCCGCCCCCGCGCCGGCGCACGCCGCCACCGCCGACACGCCGCUCGACACUGUGCGCGCGGCGUGCGAGACGGCGCGCGCCGCCCCCGCGCCGGCGCACGCCGCCACCGCCGACACGCCGCUCGACACUGUGUAUGUGGGCACGUGGUCGCGCGUGUACGAACGCGAGGUGCGCGCGGCGUGCGAGACGGCGCGCGCCGCCCCCGCGCCGGCGCACGCCGCCACCGCCGACACGCCGCUCGACACUGUGCUGACGGUGGUGGAGAACAUCUGCAAUGCGGAGCAAGAUUUCUGCACGCAGUUCUUUUUGUUGGACGUCGAUCUCACGAUGAGCGAGGGCAGCGACGGCGGCAGCGAGGCGAGCGAGGAGACGGCGGCGCGGCGCGGCGGCGGCGGCGGCGGCGGCGCGGAGGCGCGGCGCAUGAUGGCCGAGCUGUUCCCCGCGCUCGAGGCCGAGCUGGUGGCCACCGUCAACCAUCUCGAGCGGCAGCCUUACGGGGCAAUGCGCGCCCUGGCAUGCGUGGGCACUCGCGUGCUCGGCGACGGCGCGUCCGCCCCCGGGGCGGGGGCGGGGGCGGGGGUGACCGGGAGCGGGGGCGGGGGCGGGGGCGGGGAGGGACGCUGGGCGCGCACGGCGCUGGCGGCGGUGGCCGUGGCGGCCAAGCGCGGCGCCGACCGCGUCGUCGCGGACCGCCUCGCCGCCAUGCCCGAGGCCGCGAGGCAGGCCGCUAAGAGGCCUAAAGCGGGGCUGCUGGGAUUCCUAUCAGAGUUUGAAGAAUUAAGCUCGGUGUGCGAGGCGAUCUUCGGGCGCAGCGGACGGCGCGCGGACCUGGAGCGGUGGUACGCGGCGCUCGGCGGCGCCAUGCUGGCCGCCGUGGCCGCCGCCGAGCAUCCGCGCACGCCGCGCCCCGUGCUGCGGCUCGAGAACUACCACAAGCUGCACGCCCUGCUCGCGGCUCGCCGCGCGCAGGCGCUGGACGCGCUGCGGCGCGAGGCGCGCGCGCGCUACACGGAGGCGCUGCGGCAGUACGUCACGCAGUACUUCGGCCGACCGCUCGAUAAGCUCACCCAGUUCUUUGAGGGCGUGGCGGAGGCGGUGGCGGGCGGCGCGCGCGAGGAGGAGGUGUGUUACCGCGCCGCCUUCAGCAAGCACGAGCUGCGGCGCCUGCUCGCCAUGUACCCCGCGCCCGAGGUGCGCCGCUCCCUGCACCGGCUGUACAGGACCGUGGAGAAGCACCUCAGCGAGGAGGGCGGCCUGCUGCAGGUCGUGUGGCGCGCCAUGCAGGAGGAGUUCCUGCAGCAGCACCACGCGUUGCAGGUGCGUCUCCCACUCCACCCUCUACCGCGCCGCCUUCAGCAAGCACGAGCUGCGGCGCCUGCUCGCCAUGUACCCCGCGCCCGAGGUGCGCCGCUCCCUGCACCGGCUGUACAGGACCGUGGAGAAGCACCUCAGCGAGGAGGGCGGCCUGCUGCAGGUCGUGUGGCGCGCCAUGCAGGAGGAGUUCCUGCAGCAGCACCACGCGUUGCAGGUGCGUCUCCCACUCCACCCUCUACCGCGCCGCCUUCAGCAAGCACGAGCUGCGGCGCCUGCUCGCCAUGUACCCCGCGCCCGAGGUGCGCCGCUCCCUGCACCGGCUGUACAGGACCGUGGAGAAGCACCUCAGCGAGGAGGGCGGCCUGCUGCAGGUCGUGUGGCGCGCCAUGCAGGAGGAGUUCCUGCAGCAGCACCACGCGUUGCAGGUGCGUCUCCCACUCCACCCUCUACCGCGCCGCCUUCAGCAAGCACGAGCUGCGGCGCCUGCUCGCCAUGUACCCCGCGCCCGAGGUGCGCCGCUCCCUGCACCGGCUGUACAGGACCGUGGAGAAGCACCUCAGCGAGGAGGGCGGCCUGCUGCAGGUCGUGUGGCGCGCCAUGCAGGAGGAGUUCCUGCAGCAGCACCACGCGUUGCAGGUGCGUCUCCCACUCCACCCUCUACCGCGCCGCCUUCAGCAAGCACGAGCUGCGGCGCCUGCUCGCCAUGUACCCCGCGCCCGAGGUGCGCCGCUCCCUGCACCGGCUGUACAGGACCGUGGAGAAGCACCUCAGCGAGGAGGGCGGCCUGCUGCAGGUCGUGUGGCGCGCCAUGCAGGAGGAGUUCCUGCAGCAGCACCACGCGUUGCAGGUGCGUCUCCCACUCCACCCUCUACCGCGCCGCCUUCAGCAAGCACGAGCUGCGGCGCCUGCUCGCCAUGUACCCCGCGCCCGAGGUGCGCCGCUCCCUGCACCGGCUGUACAGGACCGUGGAGAAGCACCUCAGCGAGGAGGGCGGCCUGCUGCAGGUCGUGUGGCGCGCCAUGCAGGAGGAGUUCCUGCAGCAGCACCACGCGUUGCAGGUGCGUCUCCCACUCCACCCUCUACCGCGCCGCCUUCAGCAAGCACGAGCUGCGGCGCCUGCUCGCCAUGUACCCCGCGCCCGAGGUGCGCCGCUCCCUGCACCGGCUGUACAGGACCGUGGAGAAGCACCUCAGCGAGGAGGGCGGCCUGCUGCAGGUCGUGUGGCGCGCCAUGCAGGAGGAGUUCCUGCAGCAGCACCACGCGUUGCAGGUGCGUCUCCCACUCCACCCUCUACCGCGCCGCCUUCAGCAAGCACGAGCUGCGGCGCCUGCUCGCCAUGUACCCCGCGCCCGAGGUGCGCCGCUCCCUGCACCGGCUGUACAGGACCGUGGAGAAGCACCUCAGCGAGGAGGGCGGCCUGCUGCAGGUCGUGUGGCGCGCCAUGCAGGAGGAGUUCCUGCAGCAGCACCACGCGUUGCAGGUGCGUCUCCCACUCCACCCUCUACCGCGCCGCCUUCAGCAAGCACGAGCUGCGGCGCCUGCUCGCCAUGUACCCCGCGCCCGAGGUGCGCCGCUCCCUGCACCGGCUGUACAGGACCGUGGAGAAGCACCUCAGCGAGGAGGGCGGCCUGCUGCAGGUCGUGUGGCGCGCCAUGCAGGAGGAGUUCCUGCAGCAGCACCACGCGUUGCAGGUGCGUCUCCCACUCCACCCUCUACCGCGCCGCCUUCAGCAAGCACGAGCUGCGGCGCCUGCUCGCCAUGUACCCCGCGCCCGAGGUGCGCCGCUCCCUGCACCGGCUGUACAGGACCGUGGAGAAGCACCUCAGCGAGGAGGGCGGCCUGCUGCAGGUCGUGUGGCGCGCCAUGCAGGAGGAGUUCCUGCAGCAGCACCACGCGUUGCAGGUGCGUCUCCCACUCCACCCUCUACCGCGCCGCCUUCAGCAAGCACGAGCUGCGGCGCCUGCUCGCCAUGUACCCCGCGCCCGAGGUGCGCCGCUCCCUGCACCGGCUGUACAGGACCGUGGAGAAGCACCUCAGCGAGGAGGGCGGCCUGCUGCAGGUCGUGUGGCGCGCCAUGCAGGAGGAGUUCCUGCAGCAGCACCACGCGUUGCAGGUGCGUCUCCCACUCCACCCUCUACCGCGCCGCCUUCAGCAAGCACGAGCUGCGGCGCCUGCUCGCCAUGUACCCCGCGCCCGAGGUGCGCCGCUCCCUGCACCGGCUGUACAGGACCGUGGAGAAGCACCUCAGCGAGGAGGGCGGCCUGCUGCAGGUCGUGUGGCGCGCCAUGCAGGAGGAGUUCCUGCAGCAGCACCACGCGUUGCAGGUGCGUCUCCCACUCCACCCUCUACCGCGCCGCCUUCAGCAAGCACGAGCUGCGGCGCCUGCUCGCCAUGUACCCCGCGCCCGAGGUGCGCCGCUCCCUGCACCGGCUGUACAGGACCGUGGAGAAGCACCUCAGCGAGGAGGGCGGCCUGCUGCAGGUCGUGUGGCGCGCCAUGCAGGAGGAGUUCCUGCAGCAGCACCACGCGUUGCAGGUGCGUCUCCCACUCCACCCUCUACCGCGCCGCCUUCAGCAAGCACGAGCUGCGGCGCCUGCUCGCCAUGUACCCCGCGCCCGAGGUGCGCCGCUCCCUGCACCGGCUGUACAGGACCGUGGAGAAGCACCUCAGCGAGGAGGGCGGCCUGCUGCAGGUCGUGUGGCGCGCCAUGCAGGAGGAGUUCCUGCAGCAGCACCACGCGUUGCAGGUGCGUCUCCCACUCCACCCUCUACCGCGCCGCCUUCAGCAAGCACGAGCUGCGGCGCCUGCUCGCCAUGUACCCCGCGCCCGAGGUGCGCCGCUCCCUGCACCGGCUGUACAGGACCGUGGAGAAGCACCUCAGCGAGGAGGGCGGCCUGCUGCAGGUCGUGUGGCGCGCCAUGCAGGAGGAGUUCCUGCAGCAGCACCACGCGUUGCAGGCGCGCAUCGCGGCGUGCUACCCGGGCGCGGGGCUGGCGCUGCCGCUCACCACGCAGGACAUCCUCGACGCCUUCUCCGACAUCGCGCGCGAGCACUGACCGAGUAUACGAUACGAGUAACACUGUUGCUGGAUGCUGGACAUGCUGGUGCUGGUGCUGGACACAACACAAGCACUCGACCUUUGUUGUGACGACACAACAAAGGUCGAGUGCUUGUGUUGAACGCUAGGUUUGGCUUGGACUGCUCUGAGCUGUUCUGAGCCAUGGCCCCUGUUGGCGUAAGGGUUAAUAUGUCUACGUCUUUUCAAAUUCACGUAGGCAGGAGUUUUCUGUUUCCCCCCAUUUCGCAAAAAAAUUGACAAAAACACCCUGCCCUCUAUAAUGCUUACGUAAUACAUGAAUGGUCCAAUACAGUGACAAGUUAGUUUCACUUGUAUUUGUAUGUACACCUUGCAGUUAUUUUAUGACUGAAGAGGAUAAAGGGUUUUCCCUUUCUAAUGUUAUUCCUUGAGUAUUCUGCCUGCAUUACAAUAAAUGUAAAUCUAAUAACCGUAAGAAGAAAAUCUAUUUAUAAUUAGUGUUUUUAUCAAUUAAUGAAUUAUACAAUAUAUU